AGGUGCGGAGGUAGCCACCUCUCUUUCCGCACGCUCCCGUCCCCACCGCUCUUAUCCGCUUCUCUCCCCGUGCCCUCUCCCGCUUCUUCCCCGCGCGUAGCCACGCACGCCUCACCGCGCCCCCCUUCUCCGGCUCCGCCGCGCGUUCUACUUCUACCGUUACCGCCCGCGGCAACAACAGCUAGGUAGAUACACGUCGCGCGUUCGAGCCUAAGGUACCUGCUCUCUCGCGCGCGCCACCGAUGGCGUGCCUCGCGCCGCAGCUCAAGUGGCCCCUUUCCACCCGCGCGGCGGCGUUCCGGGAGCACGGCGGCGCCGGAAUCGGCGGGUUCCGUACCGUUAGGCUCCACUGCGCGGUGUCCACCACCGCGCUGGUAGAGGCCGAGAGCUCGGAUUCCUUGGCCCCCGGGGCGAGGCGUCUCGUCGUCUACGACGGAGCCGUCGCGCCGCCGCCUCUUCCGGGAGGUUUCGGUGAGGCGAUUCUCAACCAAGAAGCCGUGGUGGCGGCCGCAGCGGCGGAGGCCGUCGCUCUAGCAAGGGCAGCGGCGGAGGUCGCCGGAGAGGUCGUCCGGAUGUCGCAAACCGAGCAACGGCACCGGCCUGACUUCGUCACGACGCACGACACGGAGGACAACUACUUGGCCAGAGAGAUCCUCCGCGCCGAGGCGGGAUUGGGGGCGAGGUACGCCGAUGCCUGUCUGUCGGAGGAUGCGGGGUUCUCCAGUAUCUUCAGCGAUGAAUCCGAGGUAGAUGACGAUGAGCAGUGCGUCCAGGGCGUGGCUGUGAAAUCGGUGCGCCAGUCCGAGAGGAGAGCUCGGAGGGUGAGGGCGGCGAUGAAGGCGGCCAAAUCGUUCAGCGGCCGGAAUCCCGUCGCGGCGUCGUCGUCGGCGAGGAAGAAGAGGUUGAAGGGUUGCCGGAGUCCUCUCGGCUGCUUCUACAAGAUGACCGGCCGGAGGCUUCUGACAGCAAAACAAGAAGUUGAGUUCUCACAAGGCAUUCAGGAUCUCCUGAAGUUGGAAGCUAUCCAAAAGGAGCUUGCUCACUACAACGGCGGUGAACCAACCUUCUCACAGUGGGCAGAAGCAGCUGGAACUGACGAGAACACUUUGCGAAAACGUCUGAACUAUGGAAUUUCCUGCAAGAACACGAUGGUAAAGUCUAACGUGAGACUUGUAAUCUCAAUUGCUAGAGAGUUUGAAGGUCCUGGAAUGGAAUUUUCUGAUCUUAUUCAGGAAGGAAUACAGGGCCUUGUACGAGGCGCUGAAAAGUUUGAUGCUUCAAAGGGUUUUCGAUUCUCUACAUACUCUCACUGGUGGAUCAAACAAGCAAUACGCAAAUCCGUUUUAGAACAAACCCAGAUUAUUCGCUUGCCGGCACACAUGGCCGAAGCAAGUUCCCGGGUGAAGGAAUGCCGACGGCGGCUCCGCCGGCAGCUGAAGAGGCUACCCACCAACGAAGAGAUCGCAUCCGACACCGGCAUGCCGCUCAGGCGCGUCGAGGCGGCGAUGAGCCUCCCAAAAUACACCGUUUCCCUCACCAGCAAGGUCGGGUGCACUGACAUGACAUACCAGGAGAUCACGCCGGACACGAGCACGGAGACGGCGGAGGAGAUGCUGCACCGGUGGCUGAUGAAGGAAGACGUGGACAGGGCGCUGGACGGGCUGAGCCCGCGGGAGAGGCAGGUGAUCAGGUACAGGUUCGGGAUGGACGACGGCCGGCUGCGGACGCUGCACGACAUCGGUCGGCUGAUGGGGGUGAGCAGGGAGAGGAUCCGGCAGAUCGAGCUGGUCGCGUUCCGGAAGCUCAGGGGCAGGAAGAAGGUUCAGUCGCUGCAGCAUUAUCUGCAGCCUGUGGAGAGCUGGUAGCUAGCCAUGCAUGCGUGUGCUGCCUAGUUACCACUUACCACCACAUUGCCAUCUUCUUUUUGGAAGGGUUAUUAACCUGUACGAGUAACUGUUAAUCCUUACGUAUGAGUAUGUAACACACGUGUAAAGAAAGGAGAUCCAAACAUUUGUUUUGUAACAACAUACUGGUAUAGCUAUUGCCGGAAGCAAAGAACGCAACAUAGUUGCUUCAAGAGAAAGAGGGCCAUCAAGCCAGCAGAUUUAACUCA